AUGGAUAAAAUGCAAAUGAAGCUUUAUGAAAGCAUUAAUAGAAGUGAAACAGUGCUAAAUUUAUUGAGCGAGCCUGCUGAAAUAGAAAACAUCAGAAAGCAGCUUUCAACAUUAAGAAAAGCAGAGAAAAUCCUAAAGCAGACCAAAAUCUUGCUUUUCAAGCAAUUUCAAUUGAAGAUGAAAAUAGUAAGAUUGAAAGCGAAGCGAGCGGAAGUGGGACUGCAAAAAAAAGGCAGACAAAGAUAG